GUUUUUGAUCUAUGCAUGCAAAAAGAUUCGAAGCGGAGGAGUAAUAUUUUCAUCCUGUUAUCACGAAAACAUUAUCAUUUCUAGUGACUAGUGGCGAUACCGAACAGUUAAAGCCAAUAAACAUCGCUUCAAUUAAUGUUCAUUAGUAGCAAAUUGAAGCUGAGUCACAUCCCGUUCGAAGAUUUCAUCCAUAACUAGCCUCCUAUCACUGUCCAUCCUUAGGAGGAAUACCUCGACCCCACUGUCAUAAAUCAUGUUGGUGCUAGUGCUAGGCGAUCUUCACAUUCCGCAGCGGUGUAGCAGUCUGCCGGCCAAAUUUAAGAAACUGCUAGUUCCUGGGCGGAUCCAUCACAUCUUGUGUACGGGAAAUCUGUGCAGCAAGGAAUCGUUCGACUAUCUGAAAACUCUGGCCAAUGAUGUCCACAUCGUUCGGGGCGAUUUCGACGAGAAUAUGAACUAUCCGGAGCAAAAGGUCGUUACGGUCGGCCAGUUCCGAGUGGGCUUGACUCACGGUCAUCAGGUCGUACCGUGGGGUGAUCCAGAAGCGCUGGCACUGAUCCAGCGACAGUUAGACGUGGACAUACUGAUCUCGGGUCAUACCCACAAGUUCGAGGCGUACGAGCAUGAGAACAAGUUCUAUAUCAAUCCCGGCUCGGCAACGGGAUCUUACUCGGCAUUGGAUUCGUCCGUCAUUCCGUCGUUUGUGCUGAUGGACAUCCAGAGUACGACCGUCGUGACGUACGUCUACCAGCUCGUCGGGGAUGAUGUUAAGGUGGAGCGAAUUGAGUAUAAGAAAAAUUGAAGCCUAUAAUGAUUGUGUAUAUAAUAUUAAUGAACUAUGUUACUGUGUUUGACUAAUAUGCGAGGAAUAAAAAUGCAUUAUAUCUCAUUCAACAA